UAAAAAUAUCUAUCUUUGUUUGCCAAAGCAAAGUAGCAGGUAAACAGUUUGACUUUCUGCCGCUGGUGCGUACGCGAAGCCGCGUAAGGCAGCGAUGCUCGCAGACAAGAUCUAGGCGAAGCCCACCACCGUCUUUGGCUAUUUCUCCUUCCCCAUUCUGUCCUAGGGUUUCCGGCUUCCACCUUCCUCGUGGGCGAUGCUUUCGGCGAUUCGGUAUUAGGGUUAUAGGGCUUCGUCCUGGCCCCUUGCGUUGAGGCAUCUGCCUCCGUACCAUGGUCGCCCCCUCUCGCCGUCGCCAUGCCUUGGUGGAACCGUAAGAGCGCCGGAUCACCGUCCUCCUCCGCCUCCUCCCCGUCCUCCGCCGCCUCCUCUCCCGGCGCCACCACCCGUAGCCGCUCUAAGGACCUUCACUUCUGGACCCGCCGUGGCGACUCCCAGCGCCGCCUCACUCGCCGCCCCGAGCUUCGCCACUUAAGCGAUGUUGAUGUAGGAGGGCUUUCCUUCGACUCGGUCACCGCCGGUCCGAGAUCCGCGAGCUUGCCCACCGCUUCGCCCUCCCCGGGCAACCUCGACAGCAACCCGGGCAGGACUGUGUCGGCCCCUGUGCUACUCCCGCGCCCGCUUCCUUUGCCUGGGUCCGCGACGCAGGAAGCUGCGUCUCCUCAUCGGGAUUCAGCGCAUGUAUCGGCUUUGGGGUUUGGGUUCCCGUCACCUAACUCAGCGCGCUGCCGCCUUCCUUCUCCAUCAGAGUUUACGAACAGAUCAGACGGUAAUGAAGGGGCUCAUGUGGCGACAGAAGUUUCCACUGUCGUCGAGCCAUGCCAUGAUAGGAUCUCCCCAGCUGGUGAAGUUGGAAGUAGGUUGCCUCACCCGAUUUCAUCCAGUAGUUCAGAGCAAAGAGGCAUCUCAAUGAAUGGUUUUACUUUUAGAAAUCAGAGAAAGCUGUUUCAAGAUCCAAAUUAUGCUGGAGCUUCUGCCUUCAGGCUCAAUAUACCUUCAAAAAGUGUUCCAACAAGCGGGUUCUCAAGUCCUGUGCACAGUCCUUUGUGUAGCCCACGAAGAUCGAGUAAUGUAGAUUUUUCUACUUUUGCCAUUGCUACUCCAGGACAGCAGGUCUGGUCUUCUCCAGAGAGAUCAUCCACAGAAUUGCUGCCAGCUUUCUCUCCAGACAAAGUUGUUCAGAGUCCAGAUCAUUCACCACGUAACAGUCCAACAAUUAGAAGUCCUGACCCAAGAUCCCGGAAUCUCAGUACACCUUCAUCCCCUUUAAACACAAAAAUGUUUGGUGAUAACUCUGCAUCUUCUCCUGAGAAUGGUGGUAAUGUUAAUGGACACCCACUUCCUCUUCCUCCUGGAGCUGUAUCUCCUGCACACUCAGGGAAUGGUGUGAAACCUGAGGCAUUGAAAAGUCAGUGGAAGAAAGGAAAGCUUAUUGGAAGUGGCACAUUUGGGAAUGUUUAUGAGGCCACCAACAGGCGCACAGGAGCUUUAUGUGCAAUGAAAGAAGUUAAUAUAAUUCCCGAUGAUGCCAAAUCUUCAGAAUGCAUAAAACAGUUGGAGCAGGAAAUAAAGUUUCUUAGCCAGUUUGAGCAUCCAAAUAUUGUCCAGUACUAUGGGAGUGAAACUAUUAAUGAUCAGCUUUACAUAUAUCUAGAGUAUGUUCAUCCUGGCUCAAUUAGUAAAUAUGUUCGUGAACAUUGUGGGGCUAUGACAGAAUCAGUUGUCCGCAAUUUCACUCGUCAUAUUCUCAAAGGGUUAGCCUACUUGCAUAGUAAGAACAUAAUGCACAGGGAUAUCAAAGGAGCAAAUUUGCUCGUUGAUGUACAUGGCGUUGUCAAGUUAGCUGAUUUUGGGAUGGCAAAACAUCUGAGUGGUGCAGCAGGGGCUCUUUCAUUAAAAGGAUCGCCAUAUUGGAUGGCUCCUGAGGUUAUGCAUGCAACAAUGAACAAAGAUAUUGGGUAUGAUCUUGCUGUUGAUAUUUGGAGCUUGGGUUGCACUAUUAUUGAGAUGUUUACUGGCAAACAACCUUGGAAUGGUUUAGAAGGGGCUGCAGCUAUGUUCAAAGUCUUGCAUAAGGACCCGCCAAUACCUGAAUCAUUGUCUGAUGAGGGCAAAGACUUUCUGCGAUCCUGCUUUCGUAGGAAUCCUGCCACAAGGCCAACUGCCUUAGUGUUGCUUGAACAUCCAUUCAUAUGGCCCUCCCACUAUAACUACCAUAUCCUUGGUAAUCUCCAAGGGUUAGCAGGGACUAAAACAAUUGAAAAUACUGCCAGCCCAAGAGAGAAAAGUAAAUCACGAACUGAGCUGUGUGUUAAAGGAAAAGGCUCAUGCAAUGGGGAAAAUAGUCACUGUCUAGAAACUUCUGAGACAGCAGUUUCUACUGUAUCACGUUCUGUUCCUGAGAGUACUCCGGGCUUGUUGUCCCCACAGCCAAGUCAUAGUAGAUUGAACUCAGCUAGCAAUCCUGCAAAUACUCUGAAUGGUGUGCUGUUGGACACAGGAAAUUUCCAGCUGUAUGCAUUACCCAAGCCACAUGAGAAAGUUCACUAGAACGGCUUAUGAUUAAACUUUCGUGCAGGAUUGUGCCAAACUUACUGGACGAAUCCCAAGAUUCCGCAUACCCAUGGCUUUAAAAUGAAACAAAGACUAUGCAAGGAUUCAAUGUUGUGGUCGUCCAAUGCCAUUACCCCUUCAUUUCCAUGGUGUUUCUUUAUCAUAGGUUAAGGUAGGAAUUAUCAUUAAUCACGGGGUUACAUUUUCUGUUUUUUUUUAACCUUUAGAUCCUCAGAAUUAGCUUGCUUCAACCUGCUGAUAGUAAUCUGGGAAACAUUCGCUGUCACUGUAAAUUUUAUUGUAUUCUAGCAUUUUAUCAAGGGUAGAAAUUGCCUCAAAUCCCAGUUGUAGAAGUUUUUAGUAUAUUGUGAGAGCAAAAUGCAGAUAUAAUGUAGUGAUUUUAAUAGUAACUGCAGAUAUAAUCUGUAACUCAUUUUCUUGCUUCAUGUAAUGCCAAUUUCUGUCAACAGCAUUGGUCGAUA